AUGAGAACUUCGCUUUUUGGGAAUGGCGGUGGAAAAGCUUCAGGUUUGCGUUUUGGGAAAAGAAACGACCACAGGCAACGUUCUCCUUACCCGAAACUUAUGCCAAGAAGUUUUCGGCUGGCGUUCGCUUUCGUACCUGCUUGUCGGAGCCAAGCAGCGAAGUUUCGUUUUGCAUCAGCGAGACCUAGAUCGGCGUGUGAGAGGCGAGGUUUCCAUAGAUACUGGUUGAUUCGUGGUGUCGUUCAGGGUCAACUCAAAAGCUGCGAAGGAGUCCACGUCACCGCUCAGCUGGAACCGGGGCAUGCGCGCGCUGUAAAGAUGGAGACUCUUUUGAAUCAAGCUGCUCUCCAGGUGCAACAGUAUUUGAAACAUAGCUACUCGCACGCGCAUGGCUCGCUGCAAGGCGUAACGGAGCAGAGUACGAAAAAGGUAUCUGUGCGCGUAGCACCUCAGCGGCUGCAACAAGCAUCCGGUUACUACCGCGUCGCCGACUCCAAGCAAAACCCAUGUGUGCUUGCAAAGAGUUCUGUAGAAGCACUGUCGUCGCCCCAGACAAUCUUGCGACAAAUUCCGGGAGCAAUUGCAGGUUUCGUGCUUCUCGGAUUCGCUGUACCGUUUGCCAUGAUAUCGUUCACGCUUAGACUGACGCAGAGAAGGCCGCGGAAAGUUCAGAAGCCUGAACAUUCUAUGCCAUCCGUGGCCAAUGCGCGGCUAGAAUCAUCGUCGGGGAUUGCUGCUUCUGAUAGGCUCUCUGGACCUUCAUGGGCUCCACCGAGGGGCGCAUCAUCCAACGUUAAAACAGAUGCGGACGGCGCACAGGUUUCCCCUAAAACGGUGACAGAAACGGGGCAGCACGCGUCAGUGGCAGCCUCUAAGGCAUCCUGGUGGUGCGCGCUGCAGAGGUUUUUCAUGAGACGCGAGGCUGCUUGUCCAGGAACUGAAGGCAUCGAUGCUUCGAGGAAUGGAGCGGCACCAGGCUCGGAAGCAACGUCGGGAACGCCGCUUUUCGAGGCGCUCUAUGCGGACUGCCACGGCAGCGUUUUAGCCAUACGCUGUGCAUCGCUUUCGAGAGCAGAAUCAGCACCGGGAGAAACGGAGCGACGACCCGAAUUUCCCGCUUUUUUGAAUCAUUUGCAAGGCUUUUCACAUGGACGCCUUGGCGAGCUGUGCGAGCAAUGCAAUCACCGGAACAAGAGGCAAAUCCCCCAAAUCAUCGGAGAAGUAGCGCGAAAACACAUUGAAAAAUUUCUCUUCAAUAUCCAUGCAUUCAUGAAAGAACGAGACUACGGACGUGCACUCCGCGAAACCGAUGCGCUCCUCCGCUGGUAUCGGAACUGGCUCUGCCCGUGCAUCGAUGAAUGUGCUGCCGGUAAUGAGCAAGUAACGAAUGUUAUGCGCAAAGUAGUGAUACCGCAGAAGCGGCGCGAGCAGCAGGAGUCGUUAAGCGACGCAUAUCGCUGUUAUGUUUCGCGGAUGUACAAGAGCACCAUCUUCGCACAUAUGAUCGCUUACGAAGCAAAAAAUCUUGCUGCACUUCGGAGUCUCUUCGGCCUCGGUUGGUCGCAAAUUAAGGAGCUCGAAGAGGCCGUAGCCGCGGAAGUUUGGCGAUGCUCGAUUGACGAAGCGCUCUCCAUCGAAUCAGAGACGGAAGAUCGAACGCGGCGCGCUAGCCAUGUUCAGCAGCUUCCUCUGCAUGAGCCGCACACUCGAAAGCGUUUACGUGAGAUGCGCCGCUUCUUGGUAGCUGUGCUCGGCGAGGAACGGGCAUCAUCAUCGCUCUCACGUGCAGCCAAGCCAAUUGUCGAAGAGGAAGCCAUCCGGGUACUCAUAAGUCGACGGUUUCCUGAUGAUACUGAAAUCCAGCGUCUUAUCGUUCUAGCUGCAUGUUUGGACUGCGACGUUCUGGACGCAAUUCGCAGGGCAAGUGAAGUGCUCGGUAUCGAACACUCCACCCGCGUCAGAGUGCUCCUGCAUGUGACGAGCCAGAGAUUGAAAAACGAUUUUUCGAGUCUCUCAUUUCGCAGCUAG